AGAAAGUUCCCUGCAUAAAGUCGGCAAUCCGUAACUCUUCGCUAACUAAGGCUUCAAGUUUUCUCCAUUGCUGAGCUUCCCUUUUCACUCUCUCGUCGACAGGUUGAUCAAAGGUGAAAUGGAGGGAGGAAGAGAUCCUUUCUUUGGCUUUGGUAACCCUUUUGGUAGUUUUGGAGAUCAUAGAAGUUUAAUGUCAAGCUUUUUUGGCGGGAGAGAUCCUUUUGAUGACCCAUUCUUCACACAACCAUUUGGGGGCUUGUUUGAGUCGAGCUUUUUUGGUCCGAAUGUGGGCCCAAAUCUACCUGGAUUUCCUAAUCCAGGGAUUUUUGGGCCUAAUGGAAGUCAAUUUAUGGGCUCUCGUGUAGCUGGAUUUCCUAAUUCAGGGAUUUUUGGGCCUAAUGGAAGUCAAUUUAUGGACUCACGUCCAACUGGAUUCCUUGAACAGCAGCAGCUCCCGCAACGCACUGCAUCUCGGGGGCCUAUAAUUGAAGAAUUAAAUUCUGAUGAUGAAACCGAAGAGAAGGAAAGAACCACUAUGGAAGGAAAUCCAAGAAAGCAUGGAAGAUUGAGUGAAGAGCCUUUUGUUGAGGACCCAGAUGAUGAAUCUGAAGAGCGGAGGAGGAAGCAUAUUCACUAUGGGAAUGAGUUUGGGCAGAGGCAGAUGCAACAUUUUCAACCACAGCCCCAGGGACAAAGUUUCACAUUCCAGAGUUCAACUGUUACCUAUGGCGGGGCUAAUGGUGCAUAUUAUACUUCAUCUAGAACCAGGAGGACAGGGAGUGAUGGAUUGGCAUUUGAAGAAAGUAAAGAAGCUAAUUCAGCAACUGGUCAAGCACGCCAUAAGAUUUCAAGGGGGAUCCAUGAUAAGGGUCAUUCUGUCAUGCGGAAACUGAAUCCAGAUGGUAGAGUGGAUACAAUGCAAACUUUGCACAACCUUAAUGAAGAUGAACUCUCAAGUUUUGAGGAAGAUUGGAAGGGGAAAGCUAAAAUGCAUCUUCCUAGUUGGAGCGAGGGGUUGAAUGCCAACGGUGCUAUUGGAGAUGGAAGCAAUGCUCAGAAUGGAGUGGCAAGCAGGGGAGGUUGGGCGCUUCCUUCAACAGAGAGAGUGCCUCAGUCUAGUAGCACGAGACCCAUCUAUGGAGACGGAACAUUUCAGAAUGAGCAGCCAAGUGUGAACCUGAACCAGAGCUUCUCAUCAACUGCAACAAGGAAAGAGGACAAAAGAGGCGCGAGACGGUCCCAUUAGUGUGUGAAUAAAGCUAGCAGAUGGCAAAAUGCACUAGUUACUUAACUGGGACAUUAUAUACCAAAGUGGAAACUAAAAUUUACAUUGUUGAAAUAUGUCUCUUGUAGCGUUCAUGGUAUAGAAACUAGAAAGUAUAGUCUUGAUGUUGGUCAAUUGAAUCUUCAUUUUCUAGUAUGAUCGUUUUAGACAUCCAGUAUU